GUUCGUCAUUGGCCACUGCAUUUGCGGCUCAUUGCUUAGGCAAAUUGCUAUGCCUUCACUAGCUUACUCGUCAAGAAUCAAGGCUGUGGACGACCAUACGAGCGUAGUUCUCUUUUCAAAGCACUGUUUCGUACAAGGAAAGCCUUCCGAUACUGUGUACACUGUGAAGCAAUCGCGCAUUCCCGAUAAUGUCGACAUCCUCCUAGCUUCGAGUCUCACGUUCACGAUAUCGGGUCUCUUGGACAAGAAGAAGGUAUCUGCAGACUGUAUUCAACGCUCUCAUCUGGCUCGCCAUAUCGUGGAAUAUCUCAAGACUAAUGCGGCACUGCUUGGGCUAAGCACAAUUUCCGACGUACACCUGGGCGAUGACAAUGGCGUGCCGACCUUUACAGUACAUUCAUCUCGUUGCAUGCCGUCAAGCUCAGAGAUGAAGUCAAUGCAUCUGACACUUACCACCAUUCAUCUGCGAUAUGAAUGGAGGGAUAUCACAAGUCCAGAUUCAUCGAACCAACUUAACCAUCCAUUUUCCCCAAAUCUAUCGUUGCCGUUCUUGACCUUGUUGGAUAACGUUAUUGGUCGCUUUGUAACAUGGCAUCUCGUAAAGCGCUACCCUCUAAUAUUCGGUACUUGGUUUAAGAUCUAGAAGCCACAUUCUUCCCAAAAAUUUCUCGAAUGCUACUAGAAAUGAUGAAAAGGUCUCCCAAUCCAGAAUUUCGUUCGACUUGCAAGCGUCUUCUCAAAAGCAUCAAGCGAAAACAACUGUUGAGAAUCUCGUUGUCCGACGCUUCAUUAUCCAAUUUAUUGUCAGAAGUUGGACAAGAUCACCUUGAUACUCUCAGGGAGCGUGAGAUGGUUCCUGAGCUUAGUGUCGAAGAUGCAUUC